AUGGCUCCAUCCAUUCACGCUCGAAUCGCGAGUUAUGCUGCCAGUCACCCCUUCGUCGCGACGUUGGUGGCCAUCGCAGUAUGUCUGGGUACUACAUUUCUGAUCAUACGGGAAAUCUUCACGCCAACUGGGAAGCGUCGAGCACCGCCGGGAAAAACGUGGCGGCUUCCCCCAGGACCCAGAGGGGUCCCUAUAUUUGGGAGUCUUAGUGUGAUGAGGGCUGCACGGGACGAUCCAAACUCCACAGUACACACAGACCUCGCUCGCUUUGGUGAGAUGACCACGCUGCAUAUGGGAUCUAAGACGUGGGUUAUGUUAAACAGCAAACGCGUCGUGGCGGAGAUUAUCGCAAAAAGAGGAACAAUCACAAAUGGUCGAUCGCCCAUGCCCGUCGCGAGUGGUAUCGUCAGUCGUAAUGGCCGUUCCUUGUUACUCCCGCCUUCAGGAUGGACAGAAAAACGUCGUGUCAUGCACUCUCUGCUCAGCGGCACAGCUUUGAAGCAAUAUGGCUCGUGGCAGGAGUUGGAAAGUACCCAGCUCCUGGCCGAGUAUCUUUACAAGCCGAAGAGGUGGUAUUCCCAUCACUAUCGGUAUGCCAAUUCAGUGGUGCAUCGCAUUGCACUAGGCGAGCGUCUGGUCAAGACCGGCAAAGAGCUAGCUGCCUUGCAAGAUUCGGUCACAUACUUCGUGGGGAGUAUUGGGUCCAGUCUGAUUGACUGGUUCCCCGAGUUAGAUGCACUACCAAAGCCCCUGCAAUUUUGGCGCAAACACUGGGAAAAGCAGGGCCAGUGGAACUACGAGGUAUUUCGCUCGUGGUGGGUACCGGCGCGCGAGCAGAUCGACGCGGGUAUUGCGCCGCCGUCAUUCGUCCGGGAUGUUCUCCUGCACGAAGAUACCAAGUUUACCGGCGAUGACCAAGAGGCUAUGUAUGUGGCGAUGCAGCUCAUCGAGGCAGGUAGCGAUACCACUCGUGAAGCUCUGAAUAUCUUCGUCAUGUCCGCAUUGUGCCACCCAGAUGUGUUCCAAAAGGCACGCGCAGAGGUGGACCGGAUCUGUGCAGCCGAUCCAAGUAACUUACGGCUACCUGGAAUCGCAGAUAUGGAGCAAUUGCCUUACAUCUGUGCCAUAAUCAAAGAGAUUCUGCGCUGGAGACCGAUUUUUCCGUUCACGCCAGACCAUGUGCUGACAACGGAUUUGGAAUUCGAGGGAUAUCACUUCCCAGCCGGUGUUGGUUUUGUGAUUAAUGGAAUUCCAGUGGCCAAUGAAUGCGAAGAACCAGAAGCCUUUAAACCCGAGAGAUGGCUAGAUGGACAUGAGACCGAUGCUGCGCAUGGGCUUUGGCAGUUUGGAGGUGGUCGACGUAUUUGUGUAGGAUACCGUCUUGCUCAAAGAGGGCUCUUUAUCAACAUCGCUCGACUGGCAAUGUGUUAUGACUACGCAGCGGAUGGUCCAUUUGACUCACAUCGACUCAACCAUCAUCGUACGGACGAGCCCUUCCCAGUGAAGGUGACGGUGAGGAGUGAAGAGCACGCCAAACUCAUUAUCGAAGAGGCAACCCGAGAAGGUGUUUUGGAAGUUGCAAAGAGCCUGAAUGACGAGUAG